UUUAGAGCUAUGGGUUUCCUACUGGUUCCCCGUUCUUCAAACAGUUAAUUCUCCCGGCCGGUGCUCCAGCACUCAGAUGGCCAAAAUUCCUCGCCCUGAAGCCCGAGUCUCCCUCCCCUCCCCAUUGGGUCCCAGCUUUUGGGUCUCUCCCGAUCUCUCCCUCCUAUUGGCCGGGGACAGGUUUGGGUUGGGUUUUUUUUCCUUAUUUUUUUUUUCUUGACAGGCGCACGCAGCCUGCCUAACUCUUGGAGAAAAAAAAAAAAAUCCCAGAAGUUUGGAUCAAUCAGAGAGAGACAGAAGGAAAGGGGAGAAGGGAGGAAAAAAAAAAAAAAAAGAUGAAACCCAGCCUGCAACCCCUCUGAGCAAGUGCUGGGGACCUGGGCUGAGCACACCCUCCCGGCUCUGCCUACGGAGUAUCCGCAGCCUCAUGUAGUGCCUUCAGGAGACUGAGGGCUGGUUCUUCUGGGGGUGCAGCUGGGGAGGGGUGGGGGGAGAAAGAGGCGACAGGCUCUGCCUCUGCUCCCCGAGCUCUGCGCUCCCAAGCCACUGGUUGCUCAUCCGCCCAAGGGUCUGGGCUGGGGGAUAAGAUGAGUGAGAGGCGAAGAUCGGCGGUGGCCCUCAGCUCCCGAGCGCACGCUUUCUCGGUAGAAGCCUUGAUUGGGACAAAUAAAAAGAGGAAACUGCGAGACUGGGAGGACAAGGGGCUGGAUUUGUCCAUGGAAAGCCUCAGCCCCAACGGCCAGCUAGGGGACAAUGAAGACCCGACUCAGUGCCUGGACCUCAACCCCGACUCAGAGCAGAGUACUGGGUCAGACACAGAGGUGCUGGCAGAAAGGACAUCCUGCUCAUUUGGCUCCCAUUCUGACCUUGCAUCUGGUGGCUCAGGCCCUCAGCCUCCUCCACCUUCAUCCAUGGAAGAGAUCCAGGUAGAGCUGCAGUGUGCUGACCUCUGGAAAAGAUUUCAUGACAUUGGGACAGAGAUGAUCAUCACAAAAGCAGGCAGGAGAAUGUUUCCGGCCAUGAGAGUGAAAAUUACAGGCUUGGAUCCUCACCAGCAGUAUUAUAUUGCCAUGGACAUUGUACCUGUGGAUAACAAGAGAUACAGGUAUGUGUAUCACAGCUCCAAGUGGAUGGUGGCUGGCAAUGCUGACUCCCCAGUGCCCCCGAGGGUUUACAUCCAUCCUGACUCACUGGCUUCUGGAGACACCUGGAUGAGGCAGGUGGUCAGUUUUGACAAGCUCAAGCUGACCAACAAUGAGCUUGAUGAUCAAGGCCAUAUAAUCUUACAUUCAAUGCAUAAGUACCAGCCCCGUGUUCAUGUCAUCCGCAAGGACUUCAGCAGUGAUCUUUCUCCUACAAAGCCGGUUCCUUCAGGAGAUGGGGUGAAAACCUUCAAUUUCCCUGAGACUGUCUUCACCACAGUAACAGCCUACCAAAAUCAACAGAUCACCAGAUUAAAAAUUGACAGAAACCCCUUCGCUAAAGGUUUCAGAGAUUCUGGGAGAAACAGGACGGGGCUGGAGGCCAUUAUGGAGACCUAUGCCUUCUGGAGGCCCCCCGUACGCACUCUCACCUUCGAAGACUUCACUACUAUGCAGAAGCAGCAAGGAGGCAGCACAGGCACCUCCCCGACCACCUCCAGCACGGGGACCCCAUCGCCCUCUGCUUCCUCUCAUCUUCUCUCUCCGUCCUGCUCCCCUCCAGCCUUUCAUCUGGCCCCCAACACUUUCAAUGUUGGCUGCCGGGAGAGUCAGCUUUGCAACCUCAACCUGUCUGAUUAUCCCCCAUGUGCCAGAAGCAACAUGGCUGCCUUGCAGAGCUACCCAGGGCUGAGCGAUGGCGGCUACAACCGCCUGCAGAGUGGCACUGCUUCUGCCUCGCAGCCCUCUGAAACCUUCAUGCCUCAGAGGACUCCAUCCUUGAUCUCAGGAAUGCCGACUCCUUCCUCCCUGCCCAGCAACAGCAAGAUGGAGGCGUACAGCGGCCAGCUGGGGUCCUUCCCCAGCUCCCAGUUUCAGUAUGUCAUGCAAGCAGGCAACCCUGCCUCCACCUCCUCCUCUUCACAUAUGUUUGGUGGUGGCCACAUGCAGCAGAGCUCCUACAACGCCUUCUCCCUGCACAAUCCCUACAACCUCUAUGGAUACAAUUUCCCUGCUUCCCCCAGGCUGGCAGCGAGCCCAGAGAAACUCACCACCUCCCAAAGCACUUUACUCUGCUCUUCCCCAUCCAGUGGGGCCUUCGGAGAGAGGCAAUACCUUUCCACAGGGAUGGAUCAUGGCAUGCACAUGAUCAGCCCUCCCUCUGGCAACCAGCAGAUGGCCAACGCCUGUGACAACAGACAGUAUGGGGGGGUUCAGGGCUCCUCCUCACAGAUGUCUGUGCACAUGGUCUAACAAGCCAUGCCUCUCCUUGGUAUUGAAGGCAGUUGGACCUUCAUCAUUUCCAGGGGUAAACCCAUCCCAGUGCCUUUUUGCCUUCAAACUUAUAGUGGAACUGAUAUUGUAAUGAUAAAUAAGAACACAAGCCAUUUAGGUAUGUGCCACAGAACCUUGUGGAAAGCCUUGACUGACAGCUAUCGCAGCUUGUUGUAGCCCAGGGCCUCCAGACCUGGCACGGAGCGUCUGCUUUUUCUGGACAUUGCAGAGAGAAGGACGUGAUUUUAUUGAGAAGCUAGAGAGAAGCAGCUGAAUAUACCAUUUAUGCAUUAACUGUCAGCUUGUGUGAGCUCUCGGCAUGGAGGGAGCCGUGCCCCUGUGCUGUCUCCUCUGGGUGUCAAAGAAAGGCAGUCUCCCAAGGCUUUGUCCUGUGAAGCUGCACUACCAAUAGCUUCAAAGACCUCCCCCUUCCUAGACCGCUCCUCACUCCUGGAGUGACUCAGCCCAUUUCUGAAGGCAACGGUGGCCCGUGGCUGCUUCUCCCACUGUAGCACAGGAAUGGUGCUGCUGGCCUGGUGAUUCUCCUCCCAAAGAGGUUUCUGUAUUUUCACCAUGGCUCUGCCUGACGAGCGGUUUCUUUGCGAGGGUCAAGCUUACCAGGACCCAGUCUGCAGAUGGAGAUGGGAGAGAGAGAAGAGAGAGAAAAGUUUUAACCUACAAGUGAGCCUCAGACAUGGACUGACCUUUGGAAAGAUGCAUGGGGGAGAGGAGGCUCAGCUCCUGUUAACAUGACCCAAAGUGAAGCACCUGAACCGAAAGGGCAACAGCCUUUCUGGGGAACCCAGAAAGCACCCAACUCAAUGGAAGGAAACUGUCAGACUGAGCUCACAGGGAAGAGCAAUAAGAAAAAAGAGCUCUGCUCUACAGAAGUGCAGCCGGCCUCCCUCACUUUGCAUGCAAGAGUUGCCAUAGAAAACCGUUAGCAUUUCAGUAACAGUGAGGUCGAUUAUUCGCCAACCUCCUGCCUGCCACACGCUCUCUGUUUAACCAAAUAGAUCAUUGCCUUUUGACAUCUUUCUUUUCUGUUUUUUUUCCUUCUCUUUUUUUUUUCUUCAAAUUCUUUAAAAAUAAGAAAACAAUUGUAGCUUGGUGCAAGCUAUGCAUUUAAGUUGUGUGAAAAUGCAAAUACCAAGUAACAGAAUACAGAUAUUAUUGAGAUUUGUUGUGAGGUGUUGUAGAUAAAUGUAUUUAUAUGCCUAGUGGGGUAUUCAAUAUUAUGAAUAUAAAAGAGGGCAAUAAAAAUGGUAUGUAAAAAUAUGUAUGAAGAAAAAGUGUAUAAAGAUUUGCCCUAUGCACGGAACUCUGUUUCUAAGUGCCAAGCACAGAAUGCGCUAAAUAAAUCUUUGCAAUUGUUGCCUCCGUGUUUCCCUCUGUCUGUGAGGCUUCUUCAGUGGUAUUUUAGAGUGAAACAUUUUCAAAAUGCCACCAUACAUGUUUGUACAACAGAGGAAAUGAAGACACAGUGCUAAAUUGUGAAGUUUAGGCC